AUGGCUGGUAAUUUCUUCGACUCUGAAGUAGACAGUGGUGAGGAAGCGUUAAUCAGUAUUACCUGUCGUCACUUUAAUCGUCGAGUGAUUCGAGCAGCAGCGAGCAAUCCAUUUCUCAGUGACGCGUGCAAGAGUGGCGCAGACCUUUCUAAGAAAUUGAAAGGUCCAAGCUGGCACACGUUCUUUCUAUUUACUAUAGAGAUGGCAAAAACACUUGGCGAUGUGCAGAGUGUCAAGGUUAUUCAGCGAAAUUUGAAGCCUGACCACUUCGUGAUGCUUAGUAAUUUGAUUGGAUUGGAUAAUGGAGAUGAUAAACGGCGAUCCUUUCUAAAUCGAUUUGUUGGCGUGUCGAUUGGGGCAGCACUAUCGAUGCGAAUCCCUCGUUGGGUCACACUUUACUGGCAAGGCGGGAACAGAGGAGUUCAACUGUUCUGGGGUGCUGAAUAUUCAUGUCAGAGGAAUCGAGCCAGCAAUUUAGCAAUCGUUUUAUGGCUUGAGACGAAAGCCGCUUCACUCUUGCAGCGUACCAUCUCAUACGGACUUCAGAAAUGUCAGUCACAAAUGAGUGAUGAAUUUCUGGUCCUUACUGGAGCUGUCGCGACUUGGUACAUCGGCAAAAGUAGCAUUUUCAACUUGAUUUGGCGCAUUUCUGAGUUUUAUUAA